AUGCCUGUCAAAACCGAGCACCCACAGGAUGUGGCUACGGCUGUACCGGCCGGCGCAUUGCCCGAUUUGUGUCUUCUGCCCGAACAGAAGGGAUCGUGCUUUGGCAGCGAGUUGAAGUGGCGAUAUAAUGCUGAAACGGCGAGCUGCUUGAGCUUUAUGUACACAGGAUGUGAUGCGAAUGCUAAUCAUUUCGAGUCCGAGGAAUCCUGCCUGCGCGCCUGCGGCCCCGCGCGCGAAGAGAAGGUCUGCGCGCUUCCGGCUUCGGUUGGAAGUUGCGAGCUGGCCGUGUCGAAGUGGAAUUUCGACGCGAAGACCGGGGAGUGCAAAUUGUUCAUGUGGACCGGAUGUGGGGGAAAUCUGAAUCGCUUUUCAUCGCGCGAAGAGUGCGAAGCGCUGUGUCGAGCCGAACAAGCAUGGGCGAGUGAAGAAGAUGUAUGCAAAAUGGGACGCGAAUCGGGGCCGUGCUCGGAUGCUGUCACCCAGUGGUACUACGAUAAAGAAAUCGCCGGCUGCCGUCAGUUUACCUAUGGUGGAUGCCGCGGAAACGGGAAUCGCUUCGACACGCGCGAGCAGUGCGAGGGUAAAUGUGCGCCAAAGAUGCAGGCGCUCACGCUUAUUGAGCCAAAUGACGUUUGCUCACUCACCUGGGAGAGAGGACCAUGCCCGGGGGAGGAGCCUCGCUUCUUUUUCGACAAGAAUUCCGGCAGAUGCCGUCCGUUCGUCUACGGUGGAUGUGAGGGCAACCGGAAUAACUUCCGCUCGUUGCUGGAAUGCGAGCACACGUGCGGAAAGCCGGAAAAUCUGAGGGAGGAACGCCGGAUUUCUCUGUCGACCCAACGGCCAGGGCCAUUCCAUAUUGGCGCGGAGGUGCUACUCGCCUGCCACGCCGAUGGUGAGGUGCCGAUUCUGUGGUUCAAGGAUGGACAGUUGCUCGUAUUCUCCACCAGGAUUGUCGGAAAUACCGACCUGUCAUUAGUGCGUAUCGGUGAGGCUGAACUUGCUGAUGCUGGGGAAUACACGUGUGCCGUUGGGCCAAACGGGUUGCUGUCCGAUCGGAUGAUGCUCAAGGUUACCGACCGCGAACCCGUGAAAACGAUCUGCUUCGACCAGGGCCGCGGCCACACCUGUGCCCUGACCGUCAGGAUGAAGCUGUGCGACAAGAAGAGAUACUUCAUGAACUGCUGCCAGAGCUGCGUGCAGGCCGGCUAUCCAAUGAUUAUUGCC